GCAGCGCUCUGGUCGCCCACCAUUCAUCCUUCUUAAGAGUAGUGCGAGUCUCACAGCCUGCACCUACAAUUCUCCAUUCUUUCCCUCCAUCUACUCUUACCUCCCUGAUUCCUAAUACUCACUGACAUGCUUUCCACGAUAUCACUCACCCUCACCGUCCUCCUUUCCAUCUCUUCAGACGCUUUCGCUGCCCCACGCUCCUCUUUUGCUCUUCCGGGCCAGUCAAUACCGCUCGUCAGACGAUCUCAGCAUCAGAAAAAUGCCACAGAAUGGGGCAUCUGGGCCAAGAACGAGAGGGAGAACUUGAUGGCAAAGUACGGCGCCGCCCCACAGAAGAGGAGCUCAGGGACGAACUUGAUCACCAACCAGAACGCAGAUUCAAGUUUCUUUGGGUCCGUGGCUAUUGGUACCCCCGCUGUUGCAUUCGACGUAAUCUUGGAUACCGGCUCAUCUGAUCUUUGGGUGGCCGACAAUAGCUGCCAAACAGGGUGUAAUCGUGUUGCAACAUACGACGUCACAACCUCAUCUACGUUCAAGAACCUCUCUCAGCCAUUCAGCAUCCAAUAUGGUAGCGGUGAAGCAGCUGGAUCUCUUGGACAAGAUGUCGUGCAGAUCGCAGGAUUUUCGGUGGCUAACCAAACAUUCGGUGCUGUUAAUGCUGUCUCCUCGGGUUUACUCAACACCCCUGUGUCUGGUUUGAUCGGUCUCGCGUGGCAAAGUAUCGCUUCGUCUGGUGCUACUCCUCUCUGGGAGACUCUCGCCAACUCUGGAAAAUGGGACCAACCUUUGAUGGCGUUUCAGCUUACACGAUUCAUCAAUGCCACUAGCCCUCAAGCACUUGAACCCGGAGGAACAUUCACGAUGGGGUCUGUCAACCAAAGCUUGUACACUGGUACCAUCGACUAUCAGAAUAUCCCCGAUACCCCUUCAUACUGGAUCUUACCGAUGACCUCUAUGACCGUUCAGGGCAACUCUGUCAGCAUUCCUACCGGUUCAGCAUCGUACUCUGCUAUUGACACCGGCACUACACUCGUCGGUGGCCCAUCAAGUGCCAUUCAGAGCAUCUUCGCACAAAUCCCAGGGUCUGCACCGGGAACUGGCAGCUGGCAAGGUUACUACACCUAUCCUUGCAGCACCCAAGUCAAUGUUGCUAUCUCAUUUGGAGGCCCAAGCUGGUCUGUCAGCCCAGCCGACUUCCAGCUUACACAGUUAUCUCAAACGCAAUGUGUUGGUGCGUUCUUUGAGCUUUCCACAGGCGGUAACGCUCCUUCGUGGAUCGUAGGCGAUACAUUCCUUAAAAAUGUCUACUCUGUUUUCCGCUACAACCCUCCUUCAGUGGGUUUCGCGGCCCUCUCCCCGACUGCGCUUGCCAUGAACGGUGUGAACGCUGCACCUCCAACUGCCACGAUUGGCUCUGCCGCCGCCACAGUAACUGCAACAGGUGCGAGUGUCAAUGGUAACGGUGCCUCUGGGUUGCACUCGUUCAACAUGCCUACUGUUGUUCUCUCUGUUGUUCUCGGUUCAUUCUUGGCUAUGGUAUAAUUAGUUUUCGUGUUCCCUAUAGUAGGGUCAGGUUUCGGUUUGGUUCUUUAUGUGGUAGACACGCACUGAUACGGAGCGGACUCGUUGGAGUAGUGACAUUUUGUAUUAACUAUGAGGAUAUUUUUGGCGGCAUAACAGUCGGACACUUGCACGACGGGCGGGGGAGUUCACACAGAUUUAAUUCAUUAUUAUCAGUACAAUCUGGGACCUUCUUAUGAUAAAAAUACAAAAUGAUCCUUUCAAGUUCUAUUUGAAU